AUGCCGGCAAACCGGAUCAGGAUUGCCAAGGGCUCAUGCUGGCCAUGCAAGAAGAGACGCGUCAAAUGUGACCUCUCCAAGCCAGACUGUCGGCGCUGCACCUCUUCCGGUACAACAUGCGACUACAACACCCGCCUGAUAAGGUGGAGCACGCGGCCGAGCGGCCACAUAACUCCGGCGUACGGCAGCAUCCCCCGGAAUGACGUGCAACUGGCAGUGUUCCUUGAUGUGUGUGAGCGGCGUGCCCUCGACUAUUUCCAUCGUCGCGUCUGGCCCCUCCUCUCCACGUCCAAGGAGCCCUGUGCCGCCCCGACCCCGGUCGCCUUGGAACACCGGGUGGUUCUUCUUGCAGCCUGUGUGCUGUCUGACUCUCAUAGGCGGUUGCAGGAUGGUGGCUUGCGUGGCCACGAUGCCCUCGGUAAGCGGCGUCUUGAGUGUCUGGCUGCUGUGAGGACCGAGAUCGCUCGCUGCUGCGUUGACGUGCAGGGAACUGGCCCCCUCGUCGUAUUGCUGUUCGCAGUCAUCUUGCUCUAUUUUGACGACGGCUACGUAGGGUGCGCGUUGAAGUCCGCCUCGACGUCUAGCCACUAUAGCGGUGUCCUGGCUAUUCUCGAGCGCCUCGGUGGCAUCCAUGCUACAUUGAAGAAGGCUCCCGAGCCGCUCCACAUGCUGGUCUCGGAAUUUGCAACCACAGAUCUCACGAGUUCCAUCAUCCGUGGACGGCCUCCCUACUUCGCGCCUACAGUAUGGGACCUCGUCGAUCAGGGCCCGGUCUGGUGGGGUCGAGACCCUUUGGGCAGAGUAUCACUCGCAUCCGUCUUUCGCGAGAUGGCCAGCAUGAGCCUGUAUCUACAGGCGACCACCACCAUGGUCGAAGACUUCUCAAUGGAGCGCGUCCGCCAGUUCGAGGCUGCCCUUCGUCCCGUAUAUGCGCCCUUAACAGUUGAGGACUGCGACGGCCAGAGCACAUCCUCGGAGGGAUUCGACGUUCUCUCAGACAUGGAAAUGGAAGCCGUGCAUGCCUUCACUCUCAUCCGCACCUUUCAACAUGCCGCAUUGCUGUACCUAUACAGGGCCCUCUGUGGUCUCCCAAAACGGCACGCGCUUGUCCAACAGCACGUCAAGUGCUGUCUUGCAUGUAUAUUCGAGAUCCCGCGGCAAGCUAAGGUCCUAAACUGUGUUAUUUUCCCGCUCUUCAUCGCUGGAGCUCACUCCGUGUCCACAGAAGAGCAGAGAGCAGUGCUGAACAUGGCCGACGUGCUCUACGACGACAUGCGGUUCGCUUCCAUUGAAGCUAUCAAGUCUGUCUUUAAGAGGGCCUGGUUCUCUGAAUCUACAAAUCAGUCUUGGUUUGACAUCUUCAACCAUCUAGAACCCCACGUUUUGGUGCUGUAA